GAGGGGCGUGGUGAGGGGCGGGGUUCCCUGCCCGUGUUGUGCUGCAGCUGCUGAUGCGACGCUGCAGGGUACAGUGCAGUAUUUAUAAACUCUCUCUCUCGGGGACUAUUACACGGCGAGGCGUCCCGGCCACAGUAACGAGGAGUGGGGACCACCGCGGAGAAAGGGCGGCGUGCUCAGCCCGGUGCCAGGUGAGGGUGGAUGUGACGAGAGGCUGAGAGCGCGCGAACUUGACUCACCGCAGGGCAUCACAGUCGCACAGCGCCUCUCCAUAGCUCAGUGGAGGAGUCGUUGGCACGUUGAACUUCUUGCGCGCCGUACGUAGCCAGCCGUGCUCAUCCGAGGCAUAGUUUAGCCACCGUUUGUCUGCGCGCCUUCAACGGAGGGCGAGGAACAGGAAAACCACUCAGGCUCCUAACUCCACGGCGUGGCGAGCAACCUCCACAUUGGCAUCGAGGAAUGGAAGGGCGCUGAUGCCUUCAGCCGUGCUGAGGGAUCGCUCCCUCAGAGUGGGGACAGCUAUGCCAGGAAACGCGCUUCCCAACGCCAGCUACUCGCACCAGGACGAAUCUCUGGAGUACGAGUACUACUACGAAUACGAUGAGAUUUCCUUCGAAGACCUCACGGUGAACAAAUAUUCCAUCGUCAUCGGGUUUUGGUGUGGACUCACACUGCUCAUCUGCCUCCUCUUCAUCAUCUCGUCGCUGCUCUUCCAUCUCGGCACGCGCAGUGGGAGCAGGCAGAACAGCUGGUGGAGGCGGUCGAGCAGCGUGAAGAGCCUGCACAUGGAGGUGAGCACGCUGAGCGACCAGGCCGAGGGCAGCUCCGGCACCGACGCCGACAACCUCAUUACCUACGCGACGUGCGGCAACAACGGCGGCGGCGGCGGCGGCGGCAACACCGGGGGGGGCCCCUCGGAGCUCCGGAACCCUCUCGCUGUGGUCACUUACGGCACGACAUCGCCUCCACCGCCGCCGUCUCGGGCGGCUUGCACGGGACCCGUGGUUCGCAUCGACAUGCCAGACGACAGAGGCGACGCAACAGCGACGCCAGUCCUCAUGAACCAGCAGCCGCCUUCAUCAUCUUCAUCAUCUUCAUCAUCUUCAUCACCCCAGCAACAGCAGCAGCAGCAGCAGGCGUUUCUCUUCGCGCCGUGCCCUAAUGGUGGAGACGCACGCUUAUCUCAGCCGGCGGCGGACACAAAGGGCUGCGCCAAUCUCACGCCUCCGGGCCAUAGAUCCUCUCUGUCAGUCACGUUCAGUGGAGACCUGUAAAGACCUGUAGAGACUUCCCCCUGGGGGUUUCCAAGCGAUUCGCCCGCGGGUAGCAUGACUGUAAUUGAUAACCCCCUCCACCCCCUUUGUGUGGGGAUACACUCAAAACAUUCUCUUAGCAGCCCCUGCACCAGUGGGCGAGGCUGUCGAGCAUGCAGGCGGUGCAACUGCACUGAGGCCCCAGGCGCCAGAGGGGGCCCCAGGCGCCGGAGGGGGGCCCUCUUACACCAGGCUCCGAAGAGGGGAGAAGACAAGGAGGGAGAAGCGCAUUUCAUUCCUUGCAACAAGGCCCAUGCGGACCAUGCUACUCUAUGGCUGUGCUCUGGAUGUGUAAGCACGGUUGCCCAGGGCACGGUUGUCUGGAGAAGGGCGCUGCCCCGUGAAACGGACUUGGCUUGGUCGCAGAAGCCUGCCGGCCGGCCCUCUGCUCGAUGCGAACAGAUUCAGUUUGCAUUUGAUGGACGUUUCAAUGCAGAUUGACUUAAUUUUUUACAUUUAGAAGUGAGGUUUUGGAUUGCGUGUAAGAGUAACUGGUUGGUUUACUUCAGACCAUCGGUAGUAACAUGACAAGCGUAACUUAUGAAGCGUAGGCUUUUCAUUGAGGUGCAUGUGUUGUGGGUGAACGAAAAUGAAUGAAAGGAUGGGCAGCAUGUGUGAUGAGAUGAGUUUUGAUGACGUCCGAUGAGGUUGGAAGAGGUGCGACGAGGUGUCAUGAGGUUAGAUGAGGUGAGGGCUGGCUGAACAUAACGAGGUAACUGGUAUUUGCCAAACAUGGAAAUAUUAACAUUACCUGCAAAUUACUCGAUCGAGAUGCACAAAGCAACAUGGCCCCCUACUGCUAAAACUUGGCCGGACCGUCCAGAAAAAAAAAAUAAACAGUUUAUUGAGACUCGGUGAGGCUUUCUCGGGUAAACGGGCGCAAUGAUACAUAAUGCAGCCGUGCAGUGGAGUGUGAACAGUGGGUGGAGAGGCAGUGCCCAUUGUGCUCCGUGUACCGUGAUGCUAGUUUAUAGGCCUCUGCCAUCCCAUGCAGGAUGAAGGCCUCCCCAGGGUCGGUAACGGUGGGUGGCUUUCAUCACGCAUUGGAACCCCAGCCAGCCACACUCCUCGUACCCUGAGCUGAAAAGUCUGGCUAGCCGCGAAUACAGUGCAAAGCUUUGUAAUGCAUUCUCGAGCAACCUUCUAAACCUAACUUUAAAAACACUAAUAAAAUACAUAAAACAUAUUUUUGAUACAUUUACUAUACCCUGAAGACUAUGAAAUAAAAUAUAAAAAUAAAGCAUCGUGUUGCGUUCACA